AUGCGGCUUCCGUCAUUCAACCCACUCCUCCUUGUUUCCUCCCUCGCGACCGUCGUCGUCCCUACAAGCGCCGAAUAUGUGCUUCGAUCGAGCUCUCUAGCAUCAUGCCAGGAAAACUCGGGCUUUACGGCCAGCCUGUUCGAUGUCGUAUUCACCCCAAAUAACCUCACGGCUUCCAUCAACAUGAUCGCGACGUCGUCUAUCGAAGGCCAUGUUAUUUUCGACAUUUCCAUUUACGCUUACGGAUACCCCAUCAUUCACACAAAGGUCGACCCAUGCGAGGCCAACCUCCCUGGCCUGUGCCCUAUGACAUCCGGCAAGAUGAGCAACCCGUUCAACCUGCCUGUGACCAAGGAUGCGAUCGCGCAAAUUCCAUCCAUCGCAUACACUUUCCCGGACCUCGAUGCGACCGUCCAGGUUUUCAUCAACAGGACCGAUGGAGACCGUGCUGGGGAGAGUAUUGCUUGCGUGGAGGCCAACAUUUCAAACGGCAUGACAGUUGAUCUCAUCGGUGUGAAAUGGGCCUCGGCUGGCGUGGCCAUCCUCGCCCUUAUUUCCUCUGCCAUCAUCAACGGUUUGGGCUUUUCCAAUGCUGCCUCGCACGUCGCCUCCAACACCCUUUCGCUGUUUGGCUACUUUCAGGCCCAGGCCAUGCUUGGACUCUGCGCUGUGCCGCUUCCUCCGGUUGUGAAAUCGUGGACCCAGGAUUUCCAGUGGAGUAUGGGCAUCAUCAAGGUCGGAUUCAUCCAGGACAUCCUCACGUGGUACCAGCGGUCGACUGGCGGCGAGGCCUCGACUAUCCUCGACACACUCCACACCGUCUCCGUACAAGUUGAGAAGGUCAAGCGUUCCGUCCCGUUUUUGGAUUCCGCCGUUGGUCUUGUCGAGCGGUCGGCCGGCGGGCUCUCCAAGCGGGCCAUUGAGACUUCGUAUGGCAGCUACAUCGUCUACGGCAUCCAAAGGGUCGCCUUCCGGGCCGGCAUCGAGACAACGAACCUCUUCCUGACUGGCUUGACUUUCUUCUACAUUUUCAUGGUCAUGGCGGCCCUCUGCGUGGUCCUGUUCAAGGGUAUCUGCGAGUUGCUUGUGCGACUGAAGUUGAUGCAAAGUGACACCUUUGCUGAAUUCCGUGUCGGGUGGUUGACUGUCCUCAAGGGCGUUCUUUACAGAUGGCUGCUCGUUGGUUUCCCCCAGUUGACCAUCUUUUGUUUGUGGGAGUUUACGCAGAACGACUCCCCAGCCGCUAUGGUAUUGGCUGUGUUCUUCUUCUUCGGCGUUGUCAUCACUCUCAGCUAUGCUGCUUACAGGGUGAUUCGGAUUGCCCGCCGUUCAGUCGCUCUCCACCGGAAUCCGGCUUAUAUUCUCUUUUCCGACCCGCAUGCCCUGAACAAAUGGGGGUUCUUAUACGUGCAGUUCCGCGCCUCCGCGUACUAUUUUAUCGUUCCGGUUCUCGUUUACAUCAUCGUCAAGGGAAUGUUCAUUGCCUUUGCCCAGCGCGCUGGCACCGUGCAGGCGGUGGCUUUGAUCAUUAUCGAGGCGGCGGCCCUCAUCACCGCCUCGGUUUUGCGGCCCUGGAUGGAUAAGAGCACCAAUUCCUUCAACAUCGCCAUUUGCGCCAUGAACUUCAUCAACUCCAUCUUCCUGUUCGUCUUUACCGACGUAUUUGGGCUGCCGAGAUUGGUUAUCGGCGUUGUGGGUGUCGUUCUCUGGAUCGCCAACGCUGCUUUUGCGCUCAUCCUCCUCCUGAUGCUGAUCAUCACGACGGGCAUCAUUCUCUUCCACAACAACCCCGACACGCGCUACCAGUUUAUGAACGACGACCGCACGUCCUUUAUGAAGUCGCAGACGCACCUCGCCACGACAACCGAGCUCGAUGCCCUGGGUGCGACCGCUCGCGGUGACGGCAAGCUGUUCAAGCGGAGCGAUCUGGAGGAUGACGAGUCCGCCAUGUCGAAUCAAGAGCACACGGCUGCCCGCGCUGGAUCGCCCCAUUCGGGACCUUACUCGAACGGGGGUUCUAUCCGAGACUCGGCACGGAAUUCAGUCCGAAGCUCGUUCCGCGCGCCCGUCGACCCCGUGUCGGGCACGUACCCAAUAGAACCGCAUCACCUGCGGGGGAAGCCGAGUGGGAGUGUCAGGGCUCCAAGUCCGUUUGGGGCGUCAGGGUCGUCAACAAGCCUGUCGCACGGAACGCCGACGGGCUCAAAGCCGCCAGCUGGGCCACCGUGA